CAGCUGGAAGGAGUUUCCCAUGGUGCUUUGCGGGGAAAGACUCAGGGGGCGCCGUACGAGGAAAAGUCCCGGAGGAAAGAAGCGAGGGAGACAGGCAGGUAGGCAGCCCUCUUGGAGAGGCCACUUCGGGCGAGGGUCUCUGGGCCUAGGGGCGCCUGUCUCCCUUCAGCUUGAGCGGAAGCCGGGAGUGAAGCCCCGGCCAGAGGUGGAAGCCCCGGGCUCCCCUUUUGGGUCCCUCUGCUGAGGGCUUCCCACUUUCCGUAAUUCACAAUGAAGAGUGUCCGUGGAAGCAGCUCUUCUUCCCUCCAGGGUGCUAGUGCCAAUGGUGUGGAUCUCAGCCUAACAGGACUGCCUAUCCAAGUGCUUCAGCGCCCCAGCAGUGCCUCUCCAGGCAAACACAUCGCUCGCUCCAUUUCUGUCAUUACAGAAAACAAGCCCAAACGGAAUAUCUUAGAGGAUGCUGGGUUUGGCUCUUCUAGAGCUAUGAACAAUUUGAGAAGAUCCAAUAGCACCACUCAGGUUAACCAGCAGGUGAAUAGUACAUUCAGUCCUGAACACCAUCGAGAUUUCUUGACUUUGUUUGACAGCAGCUCAGGUGGAAGAAAGAAACUGGCAAGUUUGAGCAAAGUCUCACCAGAAAAGAAAACUACAUGGAACAUCCUGGAUGAGCAGCCCAGAACCUUUCCUGUCCCAUCUACCACCAGGGAGGCCCCUGCAGGCAUGAGGAAGAAAGAAAUGUAUGUGCCACUUGCGGCCAACUUCACUGCUAAUAACAGGAGUAACAAAGGUGCCAUGGGCAACUCCGUCACUACCAUGGUGCAUAACAACUAUUCCAUUGCAGACAAGGGCCCUGCACCUAAGAGUUCCAACCAGGCCACAACCUCCCUCAACAAUAUUAUCAAAGCCACCUCUAAUGAAGACACAGAGAGCAGCAGCUACUUGAAGUCUCAGAAAAACCUUUCAAGUAGUAACAUCCUGGCCCGGAACAACAAUGCCAGCAGUAGCAGUAAGCUGCUGAGAAGGCAGGAAGUGUCAGAGGAGGAGGCUGAGCGGUUCAUUAACCAGGUCAACUUGGCAGCUGUAACCAUCCAGCGCUGGUACAGACGGCAUUCACAGAGGCACAAGGAAGGAGUAGCUCAACUUGGGCACUUAAUAGCUACUAAAAGAGAGGAAAGGCAGCAGCAACUCACAGAAGAAGGCAAUAUCUUAGACUUGCAAAAGAGGCGAGAUGAAGAGAGGAGGAAGAUUCGAGAGGAGAAGGCACGUCUUGCUAGGAAAGCAGCCAUCCUGGAGCUGCAACAAAAGCGGGCCCAAAAAGCCUUGGAUUCUCAGUGCAUGGUUCAGGAGGAGUUAGCAGUGGUGAAAGAAGGCAAGAAAGCCUCAAGAAGAAAACCUGAAAAGGCUGGCUCUGUGAAGAAUAUCAGCCCUGCCAGCAGUAUAAUUAAAGCCAACAACACAGAAGCCAACUUCCACUUGGCAGUUACAGAUACAGAAGAAAAUUCUGUCAUGGCAUAUCUGUCUGUUCCAGGACAAAACAAACAACCUGAAGAGCAGCCACAGGAUGUCAGCUCUGGAAAGGUGGCCAGUGAAGACCUGGAAACUAUGAUCACGACAGCCAGCAGAGCCCAGUCCAAAGUGACCCUUAAUGAGCUACUAGACACCCUAAAGCUGUUGGAAGAAGAGCCAGAGUUUCUGUCACCACCAAAGACCAGCAAAGAGGAUAAAUAUGCUUGGAUAGACGGGGGGGCAAACUCCAAUUCCUUGACUGCUGACAAUUUGGAGAAGUUUGGGAAACUGAACUGCUCCCUGGGAGUCCCCGAGGAAGGCACAUUACUCUCAGAAGCCAAACUUCAGAGCAUCAUUAGCUUCUUGGAUGAGAUGGAAAAAUCAGAGCAGGAGCGACCUAGGUCUGCUGCCUCUGCUUCACACCGAGAGGGGAUCUUGUCAGAAGAAGAGCUAGCCCACCUGGAGCAGGCCUCAGCCGUUGCCACAGAAGUUACCAGUUCUAUCAUGAGGUUGAAACUGGAAGUAGAAGAGAAGAAGAGAGCCAUCACGUUGCUACAAACGGCGCUGGCUCAGCAGCGGGAGCUGACUGUGCGACAUGUCAAAGAGACAGAGAAGGAAUUGAGCCACCAGCUGGCUUUGCAGAGGGAGCAGUAUGAGGCAGCUAUCCAACGGCACCUGGCUUUCAUUGACCAGCUCAUCGAUGAUAAGAAAACUUUGAAUGAGAAAUGUGAAGCAGUUGUGACUGAACUGAAACAAGUGGAUCAGAAAUACACAAAGAAAAUUGCUCAAAUGCAGGAGCAGCAUGAGCUGGUCUGGCGCACUUUGGGUCCCCUCUGUGAGGAAAUCAAAAAGCUGAAAGAGCUCAUGAGCGCCACAGAAAAAAUCCGCAGGGAGAAAUGGAUUGAUGAAAAAACCAAGAAGAUCAAAGAGAUCACUGUUAAAGGUCUGGAACCCGAGAUCCAGAAAUUGAUUGCUAAACAUAAGCUAGAGAUCAAAAAAUUGAAAGCACUGCAUGAAGCAGAGUUGCUACAGUCAGACGAACGAGCUGCCCAGCGCUACAUCCGCCAAACUGAGGAGCUGAGGGAGAUGCUGGAGCAUGAAAAAGAAGAGCAGGGACAGCGCGAGAGAGAACUGGCAAGGCAACGGUAUGAGAAGCAGCUGGAGCAAGAGGAACAAGCUUUACAGCAGCAGCGGCGUCGGCUAUACAGUGAAGUGGCUGAGGAGAAAGAGAGGCUCAAUCAGCAUGCAGCCAGGCAACGGGCUGAGCUGGAGGAUCUGCGGCGGCAGCUAGAAGAGAACAGCUCUGUUGUCACCAAAGCUUUGAAGGAGGAAUAUGAAAAAGGGAAGGAAGAGCAGGAGCGAUGCCAUCAGGCAGAGGUUCAGGCCCUAAAGGUACAGCUGGAAAUAGAGAAGCAGGCUUGGGAAGCCAACUAUCUGAAAAAGGAGGAAGCCUGGUUGCUCACUCGGGAGCGAGAGUUGAGAGAGGAAGUUCGGAAAGAGAGGGACAAGGAGAUUGAACUGGUAAUACAGCGGCUAGAAGCUGACAUGUCCUCCUCCAAGGAGGAGUGUGAGAGAGUCACAGAAAACAGACUAAAGAGAGCGCGGGACAAAUAUGAAGCAGAGCUGCAAGAACUGGAACGGUCAGAACGCCGGCUCCAAGAGCGCUGCAAUGAACUGAAGGGGCGUCUGGCAGAGGCAGAAGGGGAGACUCUCCGUCUACAGAGCCUGCUGCGUCAUAAGGAACAGGAGGCAGAGGAUAUCCGAAAGGUAAGGGACCAGCUAGCUCAGGAACGCAGCAGCCUUUCGGAGGUUAUACGGCAGGAGUUUGCUGACCGGUUGGUGAGCACAGAAGAAGAAAACAAACGGCUCAAGGCAGAGAUGGCUGAACUUCGUGCCCGCCAACGCUUAGAACUGGACAGAGUGACCCGGGACAAGGAAGAAGAGCUGGAAGAAGUGCAUAAGAGGGUGAAAACGGCAAUUGUGAAGAAAGAGGAGGCCGUCAGUACCCUCCGGAAACAGUAUGAGGCGGCUGUGAAAAGAGCAGAUCAUUUAGAAGCCCUCUUGGACCAACAGCGAAAACAGUUGCUAGCAACCAAGUAGUAACCGUACCAGUAGUCUUAUAAGGGAAGAAUGUCAUGAUCAUGCACAGGAAAAGAAAGUGGCGUGCUGUGAUCUCCAAGAGACUAAGAUAAAAUGAAUGCUGAUCUGUCUGUGACUGGGAGGGAUUCGUGUUCUCUUUCUCUGUCACUCUCGUUAAUAAUUAUUAUUUCUUAAUUUGUUAUGUUACUUUGUGCCUACGAUCUGACCUCGUGUACAAGAAACCUGGGCUGUAUCCCAGUUCUUGCUGAUGUAUUUUGACAGUAAAGUCCAGCCAAUUUUGUAAGA